GGCGCGAAGAAAAUAUCAGUAGCAACGAUGAAAGCAAGCUCUCGGAGCUUGACCCGCAACUGCAAAUUGAGCGGCUUGUCUUAGCAAGUGCGCAUGCGCGAGACCACGACCAAUUCCGGUCCUCGUCGACCCGAGACCGAGUCGAGAGAGACGUCUCCCGUCGUCGGCGCGUGUUCGUCUUCCCUCCGCUCUCACUCGCUCACAGUUAGUCCCCCGAAGAGGCACGUCUGCACCUCCGGACACCGGAGUUGAGAUGCGCGCGCGCGCUUUUCUCGCCGAGUCCCGGUGAAAAGACGACGACGACGAAGGCGCUGCAAAUUCGUGCGCAAGGCGAGUCGUGCCACGCGCGGGCCUUUCGCUAGAACGGGCCGGCGACAUGGCCGAAGAGGACUACGCCGUCUUUGUGGACCCGGAGCUGAUGGGCCAUCCGGCCCCGAGCGGCGGGCCCGGCGAGGUGGACUGCGAGGACCCGAGAGAGCUGAAGCAGAUGGCCCGUCGGGGCGACUGGGCCGGCAGUCACCGACUUCGGGCGCGAGCGUACCGGCGGCUGAUCAAAAGCAUCCCCUGCCGCGCGGUGACGCCCGACGCCCAAGUCUAUCGCGAGCUGGCGGAAAGCCAUCCGGCGGCCGGGAAGGCGCCGCUGCCGGAGCUGGCGGACGGGAACCCGGUACCGCGCUACUGCCUGCGGGCCGACGCGGUGGUCUCGGCCCACCGCGUCAUCGAGCGCCUGGCCGCUCAGUUCCCCGACAUCUCCCACUGCCCCUCCCUGCCGGCCGUGACCUCUUUGCUCCUGCACUUCAGCGCCGACGAGGCUCAGUGUUUCGAGCACGUGAGCCGCAUACUGGCCUGCAACGAGCCGGGAAAACGGCUCCUGGACCAGACCUUCCUGGCCUACGAGUCGGGCUGCAUGACUUUCGGGGACCUGGCCAGCAAGUACUGCGCGCCGGCGCAUAAAGCCAUCGUGGCCGCCGCCCCGGACGUCCUGGAGGUCUACUCGGACUGGCAGCGCUGGGUGCUGGGCGACUUGCCCUUCGGCCACGCCGUGCGCGUGCUGGACGUCUACCUGGUGGAGGGCUACAAGAUUCUGUACCGCGUGGCCAUGGCCUUACUCAAGUUCUACCGCAAGCACGCGGCGGGGGGAGCCGGGGCGGCGGCGGGGCCGGCCGAGGGGCCGCGGGAUUCCGGCCGAGUCAGGUCGGACAUUCGGGCUUUUGCCCGAGGAAUCGCUUCGGUGGUGUCGCCCGACAAGCUGCUGGAGAAGGCCUUCUCCAUCCGGCUGCUGAGCCGCAAGGAGAUCGCCUUGCUGCGGCUGGCCAACGAAAAGUCCCUGCGAGAAAAGGGCAUCGUCGUCAGGCAGAAGAGGAGGAACGUGCAGCUGGCGCUGGACCCGGACGCCUUCUCUUCGGAGAUUGUCGGCGCCAAGGAGAUGAGAGACAUCUGGUCGUGGAUCCCCGAGCGCUUCGCCCUGUGCCAACCGCAGCUCCUUUUCACCACCUCCGCGCACGGCUGCAGCCUCAACCGAUUCUACGAGCGUUGCGAAGGCUACGAACCCACGCUGCUCCUGAUCCGAACCACGGAUGGAGACGUCUGCGGGGCCUUCCUGUCCACGGACUGGGAAGAACGCAAGAGGGGAGGCAACAAGCUGAGCUUCUUUGGCACGGGCGAGUGCUUCGUCUUCCGGCUUAAACCGGACAUGGAGCGCUACGAGUGGGUGGUGAUCCGGCACCCCGAGUUGGCCUGCGCCGCGAAGACUCGGGGCCAGGAGGAAGCGGAGGCCCCCGAGGAGGGCCAAAACUCGGAGCGCGGCGCUUUGCGGGAGCCGGAGAAGGCCGUCGGCCAGCUGUCGCCCUUCCUGGCCGCCCGCCACUUCAAUCUCAACUCCAGGAACACUUCCAUGUUCAUGGCCGGGAACUUUGACUCCAUCAUUGUCGGUGGCGGCGAAGGGAACGCUCUCUACAUCGACGCCGAACUCAACCACGGGCGCAGCGGGCGCUGCGCCACUUUCGACAACCCGCCUCUGUGCGCCGAGAGCUUCCAGGUGGCCCUGCUGGAAGCGUGGGGCUUCCGGGACGCCAUGGCCGCAUCGCCCCAACGCCACUGAGCGCUCGCUGCUGGCAAAAACGCUCGGCGGGUUUGGCUUCCGCGAUCCCCCCCCCCCCCCCGCCCCCUCCUCCCAUCUUGCGCUUCUCCAACAAGGACCUGAAUGGCAAACAAUUGUUUGUCCUGUGAAGUCACGAUUCGGAAUUUGAUCUUCAGCAGAAAUAGAGACUGGUGGCGUCACAAAAAUGUCCAUCCUUUGGCGUGUUUUAGGUGGAAACGUUUGACUUGGGCCGCACUACAAAUGAAUCCACGAUUGUAUUUAUGAACCUCGUGCAAAUUGUGAUCUUUUUCUGUUUUGGGUCUUUCCACGUAGUGCAUGAGUGUUAGCACAAAAAAAAGCAUUUUCGUGUUGUCAGCUGUGGUGCGUUCAAAUGCAUGAUGAGCCCUAACAAAUAUGUCAAUGUCAAAAGUCUUCGCGUUAGUGCGGUUUUGUCUGAAAUAUGCGCCGCCAUGAAGUGUUUCAUAUGUCGGAUAAACAGGAUGCAAAUGUCACGUGUGC